AUGGAACACAGUUCGGCGUCGACCAAGGCUUUCGUCGAUGCCAGUCCAUGGUCACAGAACCAGAACUCCACCGCUCACCGCAGGGACCUGAGCUCUCGCCCAUCGUCCGCGGCAGAUCACCUUGAUUCUUCUACCUGGCCCCAGAAUCAGCAGUUUGUGGGCACGAACCAGCCCGCAUCUGACGACGCUCAGGGAGCCCAGCUCAACUCAGCCUUGAAUCUGUCAUUCUCGUCCCUGUCGGAAUCAGAGUGGAAUAGUCUUUUCUCUGCUCCAUUGAAUCCAUCCAUGUUCGCAGCAUUGGCUGCUGGCGGUGUGCUUAACCAACCGGUCAUGGCAUCCCCAUCGGCGAUGCCUUCGACUGAGCCCCAGCAGUUUACCAACUCGUACAAUAUGGCAGCGAACAACGCCGUCAAUAUCCAAUCAGCUUCCAGCUCAUGGACGCAACCCUCUGCAAUGUUCGGCGCCGCAGGACCCUUCCCGUCUAAACUUGCAGCGACCAACCCCUCUUCCCCAGGUCAAGGGUUUGUUCACGGUAAAGGCUCUUCUGCUAAUGACGAUGUACACUCUUCAGGGAUCCAGAAUUCCCGGAAUAGUAUUCAUGUAUCUCGUCUCGAUACGUUGGGAAAGCACGGUUCCUUCCCCCGCCAGGCCUCCUCCGGUGACGGGAGCCCUGCCUCUGUCCAAUACAAUCCCACCUUAUCCUUCCCAGGUGAGCGUCCAAGUCAUGGACUACCUCCGUCGCUUUGGAUGUCCCCCGCGUCCUCUUCCAGCGCGCCUUUCCAGGCGUACCAGAGGCUGAACGAUCCUUCUCCACCGUCUGUUAUCCCAGAUUCUCGUCGAUCUUCCCACACUCAGUCCCCGAUUUCACCAUCCGCUUCUGUCACGACCGAUUCCAAGUCGACACUGUUUACAGAUCUGUUUUCUGAUGACCUCUUUACGACCACCAAUCCUUCCGUAUCACCCCAGGCCACAUCACCCUUCACAUCACCUCGUAUAGGUGGCUCCCCCGUUUUCCAACACGCCCCAGAAGUUGAAAAGGACCCAGAACAGAUGGCGAAAGAGGACCCGCUUGCCACGCAGGUGUGGAAGAUGUAUGCGAGGACUAAAGCGAAUCUGCCGCAUGCCCAACGGAUGGAAAACAUUACCUGGAGGAUGAUGGCCAUGGCCCUGAAAAAGAAGGAGGAAGAGGGGCGUGGCAGCUCCGUCGAAGCCGAAUUACAAAUGAAGCAGAAUGAAUCCAGUCAACAACGGCCCACAUCCCCCGAAAUACCAAAGUCAGAGGUCGAUCAACCUGAAGGUAACGAACGUGGUCGAAGAAUAGACAAGGAGGAAGACGAUGUUGUCGCCAUGGACUGGCGUGCCAUGAGCCGUUCACGUUCGCGCGUCUCAAUGGAUUGGCGGGCUACAAGUCGGUCUCGUUCAAGGCCGCCCGAGUCGACCCACACAUUCGACCAGCACAUGAAUGAUAUCUUCGCACCCGGCCACCUGGGUUUCCCAGCAUCUGCCCCCAACCCAACGUUGGACUUCAAGGACAUGCCAAGGGCAAACACGUUGAACAUUCCCGGGCCUUCACUUGGACGUCACAGCCCGCUAUCGUCCAGUAUCAGUCAGUCAGACCUGGGGGAUUUCUAUAAUUCCCAGUACCAGCAGCUUCCUUCCGUGUUCGAGAACGCAGAAAGUCGGUACGCUCAUGUCGCUUAUCCUCCUGGCAGGCAGCUUGCUUCCAGCUUCAAUUCACCUUCAUUCGCGCCGGCCUCUCUUCCCGCCCAUGGACCUCUUUCACGUUUGAUGAUUCCUGGACAUGUGCCUCCUCAGCAACCGCAACAGCAGCAAGUACCUCCUCUCGAUUUCCCUCGCCAUGUCAGGAAAACGAGCUUCGACCACACUGUCACCAAGGACAAUCUUCAUGCGGGCGUGAAGGGCAGGCAUCAGGUCAACGGAAAGCCGUGGUCUCCUGGGGUUAAACGCCCCGCCGAAGCGGUUCACUUCGACAGUUUAUUACGUGCGGAUCCUUCCAACGUGGAUAUACACUCGCCGAUCGAGAAGGAGGUGGAUCGCGUCGCAUCCACAAGUCCUUUCCCGACUAGCAACUUCAGCUUUGCCUUUGCGCCAUACGAAGGCAUAUUCGAUCUUCCAGCAACGUCUACAGUCUCUCCUUCGCCCCUAGCUGCGAGCCAACAGCAGCAUCAGUCGUCUGCAAACUUGUUUGUGAAUGGAGGAUCCUCAGUUCCAGGGCAAUCACCUUCCACCUCGGGUCCCGAGGGCGGGCUUUCAGCUGCCGCUGCCGCCGCUACAGCCGUCAUGGCGGAGGGGUACGCUCAGCUUGAAAACAUUCCAGAUGAUUUGCUCGAUUACAGGCAAUUGAUGGGUCUGGUCUAUCCCGAUAACCAGAUCCCCUACACCGUCGAUCCCACCCAGCUGGUAUCUGUGGGACAAGUAGAUGCCACCGGAUAUGCUGCGUUCCACGCUAGCCCCUCGAGCGAUGGCUGGAAUGGUGUCAGUUCGAGCACGGCCGCCUCUCCUGAGCCCUACAACGCAUCAAAUGCCUCGACCCCACCCUCCACGGAAGGACAUUCGUCCUCCAAUAAUCAAAUUCAAGCGACAGUGCGCCCUGGUGGACUCACGUCCUCACUUCAACAGCGGAAAUACAUCUCACUGCAUCAAGGUGGGCAAGAUCUCCAACGACGUAAGUCCAUGCCUGCACCUGCAGUCAAACAAUCCGGGAGCAACGACGCCAGAAGUGCCACCAGUACCCCCGAUCUUAACGAACAGAUUGCGUCGUCCUCGACUUCGACGAAGCCGGCGACAAGUAGUAAGGGUAAUGGAGAGGAUGGGGAUCAGCCGCCUACCCAGUGCACUAAUUGCCAGACCACCAACACCCCAUUAUGGCGACGAGAUCCAGAGGGACAACCUUUAUGUAAUGCAUGUGGACUGUUCUUUAAGCUGCACGGUGUCGUUCGACCGUUAUCGCUCAAGACGGAUGUUAUCAAGAAGAGGAACCGUACGUCAGGAACGGCACCAGGCUCCAACUCUCGAAAGCAAACUCUACCCAAGCUGGCUUCGUACUCUACGCGACCGCGGUCGCAGUCGAGUUCUACAUUGACUGCGAGUCUUACUCGCACACCUACUGGACGUGCUGCCGCCCCUGCGCCCACUGUUGCGGUUGCUGGUGGUACGCUUUCUAUGAAACGACAACGGCGGACAUCUGGUAUUCAUUUAGUUGGUUCUUCGGAUGCGCAAUGAUGUAGUACAUGCUUCAGAUUUCUGAGACAUAUUUCCUAUGUAGCCCUUUCCUUUCUUUCCUACGUUUAACUAUUCCAGUUACCCAUAUGUAUCAACGAACUGUAGACUUAU